AGCCCGCCCGUGCGGCGGCGGGGCCGCGCCUGUCAGCCCGCCCUGAGGCGGCGGGGCUGGCGGGGCUGGCGGGCCGAGGGGCCGCGGCAUGGGGGACGACCUGGCGUCGGAGGGUGACAGCUUGCUUCAUUCAGAGAAGGAGUUCCACGAUGCGGCGAAGCAUAAUGACACGGCCAGGAUGGAGGAGCUCAUCAGGAGAGGGGUCGACAUCAAAGCCAAAACCAGUACAGACCGGACUGCCCUGCACUGGGCCGCCGGAGCAGGGAACGUGGAUGCUGUGCGACUGCUCCUGGAUCACGGUGUUCCGGUGGAUGACGAAGACAGUGUACGAAGGCGGAUCUCCCUUUUUGGAAUGAAUGCGCUUCUCCUGUCUGCCUGGUUUGGCCACCUCCGUGUCCUGCAGAUCCUCAUCAAUGCUGGGGCCAAGAUUAACUGUGUCAAUAGGAAUGGCAGGAACCUGCUCCACUGUGCGGCUCAGAGGGGACACAUCCAGGUGAUGGAGUUCAUCAUGGAGGACCUGGAGGACAUGUGUGUUGAUAAGACAGACAAGAUGGACAGGACAGCGUUUCACCUGGCUGCAGAAUAUGGGCGGCUGGAGGUGGUAGAGUUCCUAAUUCGACUGGGUUGUUCUCACAGUGCCAAAGACAAGGAAGAAAAUACAGCAUUGCAUUUAGCUGCUAAAAAUGGACAUCUCUCUGUGCUGCAGAAGAUUAUAGAUGUUGGAGUGGACCUUGAUGAAAAGAACUUUGAAGGACUUACGGCUCUGCACCUGGCUGCUGAGGGGGGUCACAGCGACUGUGUGAAGCUGUUCUUGGAGGCAGGUGCCGAUGUCAAUGCCCAAACCCAGAAGAAGAUGAACUGCCUUCAUUAUGCAGCACUGCAUGGCUAUGAGGAGAUAGCCAGGAUCCUCAUGGAUGCAGGAAUCCACACGGACGCUGUUAAUCAUCAAAAUGCAUCAGCGACACACAUUGCGGUACUGCAGAACUUCCCAGCCAUGGUGAAGCUCUUCAUCGAUGCAGAGUGUGACCUUGACAUUCCAGAUAAUAGACAGCAGACCUCACUCCACAUCGCUGCGGAGCAUGGCAGGCAGGACAUUGCCGAGAUGAUUCUCAUCGCAGGAGUUAAUCUGAAGCUAACAGACAAGCAAGGGAAAACAUCUCUCGAUGUCGCCGCCCGAGGCAAUCACAUCAACUUGGCGGACAUGAUUAUCAAAGCUGAUCGGUUUUACAAAUGGGAAAAGGACAACCUGAACAGCGACUCCGACUCCUGGGUGGCAAAGCAUUUGACCUUUAAGCAGGAUCACAGGCUGGAAACGCAGCACAUUCGCUCGGUGAUGUGGAGAUUAGCCACUAGGUACCUCAAACCUGGUGAAUGGAAGAAGCUGGCACACUACUGGAAAUUCACUGAUGCCCACAUUAGGGCCAUCGAGCAUCAAUGGACAGGUACGAAAAGCUACAGGGAGCACGGCCACAGAAUGUUGCUUAUUUGGCUCCACGGCGUGAUCACGGCGGGAGAAAAUCCAAUCAAGGGCUUGUACGAAGGCCUUGUGGGGAUCGGAAGGAGAGAUUUAGCAGAAAGCAUUCGGAAAAAAGCAAAUGCCGACUCUGCCUCUCCACGGAAGUGCAUAGCAAUGUGACACAGGGAGGGCCCCAGCGGUUCCUUCAGCUGAUGCCUGUCCUGGAGCUCCAGAGGAAACACUGGCUCUGCUGCUGAUCAGGAGGCAGCUGUGACUUAAGGGCUUCUUGUCUUAAAAAGCUGGCAGUGCUGCCGCUCCCUUGGUGUGAAAUGACAAGGGGUUCAGCACACGUUAAUGGUCUGAAAUGCCUCUUUACACAGAAGGGAGGUUUUUAUCAGCUGUUGCCUAUGGGCUGGGUACUGCAAUAAGAGUUCCGUGAGCGAGCCUCACUUCUUGUACUGCGAGUAUCAGGAAAUACUAUUUUACUGUAGCUUGUUUUCAUCACAUUUUUGUAUAUGAAUUUUUAAUUGUCUAUUUUUUAAGUUAUUGAGGGGAAAGCCUUUGCUUUCAGAAAUGUUCUUUACUUGCCUUUCAGGGGUUUGGGGAGGAGUGUCGAUCACUUGUGUCUUGUAACUUUUGUAACUAUUGGGGGGGAAUUUAAGAAGUCAAGGCCACCACUUGGUCCUUUUGGAACCUUAAGGCUUGUGAUCAUUAGUGUCUUGACUCUUCACAAACAAGUUUCUGAGAACAUUAACACAUACUCCUUAUAAGUGUACACUAACAUACAUGUACUGUUUAUAAAUCAAACAGGUAAUUUUUUUAAUCCCUAGGCUAUAGCUUGACAAGUAUAAGAACGGUCAUUGGUUAUCUACGCAGCCUCUGACAAGGACAUACAGGUUCUUAAAUAGCACUUGUCAUGUAAUACUUCUUCUUCUUUACAGCGUUUCAAGAAGAAAAAUAAUGUAUUUCAAUAAAUCCAGAUUUUACCCUUAAAUCCAUAA